UAAGGUAGAAACACAUUAUUGAAACGCCACGCCACACAACGUGUCGCCACCCCAUGAGCACUGUGCACAUUACCAACACGUGAUGCCACGACACGCUCGCAAUUUUUUAAUUCAGUCUAUGUGCGGCGGUGAACAUGUAUAGUCGUGUACUAUGGAUCUUCUAAAUAACGAGUCAGAUGAAGAUUUUGAAGAUGGAUUGAUGCAAAUUUUGGGUACAUAUAUGUUACUAAAACGACUCAAGAAUAAGAAACAAACUAGACGUUACUGGGUGCAUGAAAUAAAUGAAAAGAGAAGUACGUGUGGUGAAUAUCAUGCUCUUUAUCAAGAUUUACUUAAUGACAGCGAAAGAUUUCAUAUGUAUUUUCGGGUUACUAAAACACAAUUUGAGGAAAUACAUGAAUUUAUUAAAAAUGAUAUACAAAAGAAAAGGACAACAUUUCGCGAAGCAAUCAGUACAAAAGAAAGACUUGCUGUAUGCCUCAGGUUUUUAGCCACGGGCAAUUCAUUUAGAUCGCUGGGAUUCAACUAUCGAAUGGGAUUCAGUACCGUACGAAACAUUGUGCAAGACGUUUGCAAUGCAAUUUGGAAGAAAAUGGGUCCUAUUUAUAUGCCCAAACCUACAACUGCAAUUUGGCAAGAAUCAGAAAAUGGUUUUAGAAAUUACUGGAAUUUCCCAAAUUGCUGUGGAGCAAUAGAUGGAAAACAUGUGAAUAUUAUUUGUCCUAUAAAUGGUGGUUCAAAUUACUGGAAUUAUAAGGGAACUAAUUCAAUCGUGUUACUAGCUGUAGUAGAUCCAAAGUAUAGAUUUUUAGUUGUGGACGUCGGAUCCUAUGGUAAAAACAGCGAUGGUGGCAUAUUUGAAAAAUCCAUUUUAGGAGAAUUAAUAGAAAAAGGAAAAUUAGAAUUGCCAGCCGCUAACCCUUUAACUCCAAAUUCAGAACCAUUGCCACAUGUGAUUGUGGCAGAUGAAGCUUUUCCCUUAAAACCAUUUUUGAUGCGACCCUACAGUAAGAAUGACGUUCGUAACAAUGAACCCAAUAAAAUAUUCAAUUACAGACUCAGUCGUGCUCGACGAAUAGUCGAGAAUGCUUUUGGCAUCUUAAGAUCAAGAUGGCGUGUAUUUGCAGGUCCUAUGUCAGUACAACCUGACAUGGUCGACAAAAUAAUUUUAGCAACAUGUUGCUUACACAAUUAUUUGGGCACGGAUAAUUUACCCUCGAACUGUGAUCAUCCAGAGACAAAUGUGACAGAAUCUACCGCCUUUGACAAUUUAAAUCCAAUUCGUAGAAAUUCCACACAAUAUGCUUUUACAGUGAGAAACAAAUUCAAAGAAUAUUUUAACAGUGAAGGCGCCGUUCCGUGGCAGCUUGAUAUUGUGAGGAGAGGUAGACAACAUUAAUAACAUGGCUACUCUUCAAAAAAAUCACAAAACUAAGUUCAUACGAGAUAUAUGUAUAUUUAGUUAACAUAGGUGUUCGGGAUACCCAGAACGUGAAACCUUUUUUAAUGUAAAACACCAAAACCUAUAAAGUAGGAACCUCUUUGUGUCUGUGUUUUGUUUUAUCUUUUUUUAAUUUUUCGUUGUCAAAAAUAAGUCUUGCGGAAUACAACUCUCUUAUAUAAUUUUCACGAAGCAUUUUUUAUUCAAUUUUAUAUACAGUCCUAUCCAAUAGGUAUAUAUAUUCAAGUAAAAAAUAAGUAUAUUCUAUUUUGUAAUAAAUAAUAUUCGUAAUAAAACUUA